GACUUAAAAAUGUCAACAAGGUUAUCAAAUAUGAAUUCAUUACCAUAAAUACCUAUUGCUGUCUCCUUCAAAACCACCCGUAAAACCCCAUCUUCUACACACCUCUCUCUGCAAACCACCACCAUAACCAUGGCGGCGGCCUACCUCUCCCCCUCCCCCACCUUCUUCCCCCCAACCACCACCCCUACCUCCACCUUCCGCACCCUCCUCCACUUCAAACCCACACUCUCCCCCAAACACUCUUUCAAAACCCUCUGCUCCCGCCGCCCCCAAUACAUCCCAAACCACAUCCCAAACCCUAACUACGUCCGCAUCUUCGACACCACUCUCCGCGACGGCGAACAGUCCCCGGGCGCCACCAUGACCACCAAGGAAAAACUCGACAUCGCUCGCCAGCUGGCCAAAUUAGGUGUUGAUAUUAUUGAAGCCGGGUUUCCGGCUUCUUCGGAAGCUGAUUUGGAGGCUGUGCGGUUAAUCGCACAGGAAGUUGGGAAUAAUGUUGUUGGGGAACAUGAACAUGGACAUGAUUAUGUGCCGGUGAUUUGUGGGCUUGCUAGGUGUAAUAAGAAUGAUAUUGAUAAGGCGUGGGAGGCGGUUAAGUAUGCGAGGUUUCCGAGGAUUCAUACGUUUAUUGCGACUAGUGAGAUUCAUAUGAAGUAUAAGUUGAAAAUGAGUAAGGAGGAAGUUGUUGACAAGGCCAGGAGUAUGGUGGCGUAUGCGCGGAGUUUGGGGUGUCAGGAUGUUGAGUUUAGUCCCGAAGAUGCUGGACGAUCAGAUAGGGAAUUUUUGUAUGUGAUAUUGGGUGAGGUUAUAAAAGCCGGCGCAACAACUCUCAACAUUCCUGAUACCGUUGGUUAUAACUGGCCUCGUGAAUUCGGCCAGCUCAUUGCCGACAUCAAAGCCAAUACACCAGGCAUUGACAACGUCAUCAUUUCUACCCAUUGUCAGAAUGAUCUAGGACUUUCUACUGCCAAUACUUUAGAGGGGGCUUAUAAUGGUGCAAGACAAUUAGAAGUAACAAUAAACGGUAUUGGAGAGAGAGCCGGUAAUGCUUCUUUGGAAGAGGUGGUAAUGACUUUGAAAUGCAAAGGAGAAUUAUUAGGCGGUCUUUACACCGGGAUCAAUACAAAACAUAUUGUCAUGGCUAGCAAGAUGGUGGAAGAAUACAGUGGUUUGCUGGUGCAGCCUCACAAGGCUAUCGUUGGUGCUAACGCUUUUGCUCAUGAAAGUGGAAUCCAUCAAGAUGGAAUGUUGAAGAACAAAAGUACGUAUGAAAUCAUGUCUCCUGAAGAUAUCGGACUUUUUAGGUCAAAUGAAGCUGGUCUUACACUUGGAAAACUUAGUGGACGCCAUGCUUUGAAAGCUAAACUUCUUGAGCUCGGUUACGACAUUGACGGGAGCGAACUUAAUGAUCUGUUUUGGCGUUUUAAAUCAGUUGCUGAAAUGAAAAAGGUUAUCACUGAUGAUGAUCUAAUAGCAUUGGUAUCAGACGAGGUUUUCCAGCCCAAAGUUAUUUGGAAAUUCGGAGAUGUACAGGUUACAUGUGGGACUUUAGGUCUUUCAACCGCAACAGUUAAGUUAAUAGAUGUUGACGGGGAAGAACACGUUUCUUGUUCUACUGGAACGGGACCCGUUGAUGCAGCUUAUAAGGCGGUUGAUCUUAUUGUGAAGGCUCCUGUAAAACUUCUUGAGUACUCGAUGUCUGCGGUUACAGGUGGCAUUGAUGCGAUAGCUAGCACACGUGUGGUGAUCGCUGCAGAAAACGACCACACAACAACUCAUGCUUCUGGAGAAAAGAUUACGCGAACGUAUAGUGGAACAGGGGCAUCUAUGGAUAUUGUGAUCUCGAGUGUGAGAGCUUAUGUUGGUGCCAUUAACAAGAUGUUAGGAUUGAAGAAGCAACAAGAUGAUGUUAGGGUUGAAGAAGCAGUAAAAGUGAACAAUUGAAGCAUAAGGCCUCUUUAUAAAUUGGUUUUCUUUCUUGUAGUAAUUAAUUAGGGCUUUUGGAUUGAAGGUUAUUGUUAACAACUGUGAAAUAAUUUUGAGAAACUUGAGUUUGUGCUAUUUAUUUUUUAUUUUUAUUUUUUUUUUGAUA